AUGGGCGCCGCGGCCGCUGAGGCGCCGCUCCGGCUGCCGGCCGCGCCCCCGCUCGCCUUCUGCUGCUACACGUCGGUGCUUCUGCUCUUCGCUUUCUCUCUGCCCGGGAGCCGUGCGUCCAACCAGCCCCCGGGUGGCGGCGGCGGCGGCGGCGGGGACUGUCCCGGCGGCAAAGGCAAGAGCAUCAACUGCUCAGAAUUAAAUGUGAGGGAAUCUGAUAUAAGGGUUUGUGAUGAAUCAUCGUGUAAAUAUGGAGGAGUCUGUAAAGAAGAUGGAGAUGGUUUGAAAUGUGCAUGUCAAUUUCAGUGCCAUACAAAUUAUAUUCCCGUCUGUGGAUCAAAUGGGGACACGUACCAAAAUGAAUGCUUCCUCAGAAGGGCUGCUUGUAAGCACCAGAAAGAGAUAACAGUAGUAGCAAGGGGACCAUGCUACUCUGAUAAUGGUUCUGGAUCUGGAGAGGGAGAAGAGGAAGGGUCAGGGGCAGAAGUUCACAGAAAACACUCCAAGUGUGGACCUUGCAAAUAUAAAGCUGAGUGUGAUGAAGAUGCAGAAAAUGUUGGGUGUGUAUGUAAUAUAGAUUGCAGUGGAUACAGUUUUAAUCCUGUGUGUGCUUCUGAUGGGAGUUCCUAUAACAAUCCCUGUUUUGUUCGAGAAGCAUCUUGUAUAAAACAAGAACAAAUUGAUAUAAGGCAUCUUGGUCAUUGCACAGACACAGAUGACACUAGUUUGUUGGGAAAGAAAGAUGAUGGACUACAAUAUCGACCAGAUGUGAAAGAUGCUAGUGAUCAAAGGGAAGAUGUUUAUAUUGGAAACCACAUGCCUUGCCCUGAAAACCUCAAUGGUUACUGCAUCCAUGGAAAAUGUGAAUUCAUUUAUUCUACUCAGAAGGCUUCUUGUAGAUGUGAAUCUGGUUACACUGGACAGCACUGUGAAAAGACAGACUUUAGUAUUCUCUAUGUAGUGCCAAGUAGGCAAAAGCUCACUCAUGUUCUUAUUGCAGCAAUUAUUGGAGCUGUACAGAUUGCCAUUAUAGUAGCAAUUGUCAUGUGCAUAACAAGAAAAUGCCCUAAAAACAAUAGAGGACGACGACAGAAGCAAAACCUAGGUCAUUUUACUUCAGAUACAUCAUCCAGAAUGGUUUAA